UAGAAGAUAUCUUGUCGCUUCGCUUACUCGCGUUUUGCGCGAGACUUGCAUAACGAGGUUAGCCACUAAGAAAGCGGUGGAAAUCAACCUAGUGAGCCUGAGACUUAGGAUAUGGGCUCCACGGUGAAAUUUGUCAUCUUUUCGCUGUUGGGUUUGAUAACUGAACUGGCCAUUGCUUCAGAUCCGCCACCCAUUCCAACAGAAAACUUGCUGGUGAUUACAGCAGCCACCAAAGAAACAGAUGGAUUCAAGCGUUUCAUGCGAACUGCCAAGGAGUUUAACUAUUCAGUCAAGAUCCUUGGAUUAGGAGAAGACUGGAAGGGGGGGAAUGUGGCGCAUACAGUUGGAGGCGGGCAGAAAGUGCGGUGGCUAAAAAAUGAAAUGAAGAAAUAUGCUGAUCAAGAGGAGCUGGUUGUGAUGUUUGUUGACAGUUAUGAUGUAAUCUUUGCUAGCAGUCCCAAAGAGCUACUAUGGAAGUUUCAGCAUUUCAAUCACAAAGUUGUAUUUUCUGCUGAGGGGUUCUGUUGGCCAGACCAAAGGUUGUCCCCUAAAUAUCCUGAAGUCUAUACUGGAAAGCGCUAUCUGAAUUCUGGAGGCUUUAUAGGUUAUGCCCCUUAUAUCUACGAGAUUGUCAAACAGUGGAAGUAUCGGGACGAUGAUGAUGACCAACUCUUCUACACUCAGAUUUACCUGGACAAGGCUCAGAGGGAGAAAUACAAUAUUACACUGGACCACAGAUCUAGGAUUUUCCAGAACUUGAAUGGUGCAAUUGAGGAAGUCGUCAUAAAGUUUGAGAAGAGUCGUGUGAGAGUACGAAAUGUGGCUUAUGACACACUACCUGUAGUAAUACAUGGCAAUGGUCCCACCAAGCUUCAACUGAACUAUCUUGGGAACUAUGUUCCGACUGCCUGGACACAUGAAGAAGGUUGUGGGAUCUGUGAUGAUGACUUCUUGGAUCUCACCCAAGUACCAGAUGAGCAGCUGCCCCUUGUGCUUAUUGGUGUGUUCAUUGAGCAGCCUACCCCAUUUGUACCAGAAUUCUUGGAGCGAUUGGUAAACAUGGACUAUCCCACAGAGAGGCUGAAUCUGUUCAUCCACAAUAACGUUGUGCAUCAUGAGAAGCACAUCCAAGUGUUUUGGGAAAAGCACAAAGAUAAAUUUCCAAAUGCCAAAUUGAUUGGCCCAGAAGAGAACUUAGGCCACCGUGAUGCCAGGAACAUGGGCAUAGAUCUUUGCCGCAAGGACCCUCAGUGUGACUACUACUUUAGCAUGGAUUCAGAUAUCGCUUUGGUCAAUCCAGAAAGUCUGAAGAUCCUUAUUGAGGAGAACAAAGAUGUAAUUGCUCCCAUGAUGUCUAGACAUGGGAAACUAUGGUCUAAUUUCUGGGGAGCAUUGAGCCCAGAAGGAUACUAUGCUCGAUCUGAAGAUUAUAUUGAUAUUGUGCAGUACAAGCGCAUAGGUGUUUGGAAUGUACCCUACAUCACACAGAUCUACCUGAUCAAAGGAGAAACGCUACGCAAAGAGCUAGCUCAGAUCAACAUGUUUUCUCACGAGGUCAUGGAUCCAGAUAUGGUCUUCUGCAGAAAUAUCCGUGAGCAGGGUAUCUUUAUGUACAUCAGCAAUCGAGAUGAUUUUGGACGCCUCAUCGCCUCAAACAAUUACAACACGAGUCGACUGCACAGUGACUUGUGGCAGAUCUUUGACAACCCAGUGGACUGGAAGGAAAAAUACAUCCAUGAAAAUUAUUCCAAAAUAUUUGAGGAAGAUGGAGAUGAUGUUGUGGAAGAGCCAUGUCCAGAUGUAUAUUGGUUCCCUGUGUUUUCUGACAAGAUGUGUGAUGAGUUGGUGGAGGAGAUGGAAAACUAUGGCCAGUGGUCAGGAGGAAAACAUGAGGACAACCGUCUUUCCGGCGGCUAUGAGAAUGUGCCAACUGUGGACAUCCACAUGAAUCAGGUUGGUUUUGAAAAAGAGUGGCUGAAAUUCCUGAAGGAGUACAUUGCUCCAGUGACAGAGAAGCUCUACCCUGGUUAUUAUGCAAAGGCAAAAGCAGUGAUGAACUUUGUUGUUCGCUACCGUCCAGAUGAGCAGCCCUCACUACGGCCACACCAUGACUCUUCAACGUUCACCAUCAACAUUGCUUUGAAUCGAAAAGGCAUCGACUUCCAGGGUGGUGGCUCUCACUUUAUUCGCUACAAAUGUAAGGCAGAAACGCCCAGAAAAGGCUGGUCCUUCAUGCACCCAGGUCGACUGACACAUUACCACGAGGGACUGCCAACAACGAAUGGCACAAGAUACAUCAUGGUUUCCUUUGUGGAUCCAUAGGACUCGACUGCCAGUCUUAUUUUUAUUUGUUUUUAAAUGAUGGGUUGGGACUGGGGAAUGUGCCACAGUAGCCACAGAUUUGUAUCACAAAGUCUGGUGUGAAAUUGAAUCCAACUGCGGGUCCAUCUUCCACUAAUACUGAAAUCGCAUGUGGACAUCUGCGGAUGAAAUUUCCUAAUUGGCCAGUGCCCACAGGCACACAAGAUCUGGAAGGAAUGACAUCAUUUAAAAAAGUAUUACCUCUGCUAUUAACUUAUUUAUUGAAAGAAUUGAGACUCCUUAUUGUCCAUCUGGGGAAAAAAUGCUGAAAUUAUUGGUACUUUCAUUUUGGAUGGAAGCUUAGCAGAUUAUUUUUAUUAUGACUAAUUUCUUUUAUUACAGUGCCUUGUUGAAAACAUUCAGACUUGAAUAGGUCAGGACAAUCUACAUAAAUGGAAGAUUUGCUUUGGUCAAGUUGACAAAGAAUGUUGUCAUCUUCUCUUGCGCUCUCUCUCUCUCUCUCUCUCUCUCUCUCUCAGAAUGAACAUAUUUGACAGCAAAGCAGAAAAGCUUAAAAGAAAUUCAUUCACUUUGAAAUCUUCUUUAAAUGAGGGAAACAAGUUCUAAUAAUAUUGUUGUGCCAUUGGGUACGUUAGAUAUGCCCUUUUAAACCAUUUAAAGUCUUUAUGCUCAGUCGGUGGGAGGAUUCCAUUUUUGGUAUGGGUAUGUGAGAUUGAAUGGUGAGGCAAGUGAAUAAAGUGUCCUUUUUGAAACACUCAUUAUUAUCGGUGUAGGAAAGGAUUUCAAUUUUUAAUAAUCUUGGAGUCCAUUUAUUAUUAUUGCUUUUUUACUCUUUUGACUUUGGAGGAAAAGAGUGGUAGGUUGGUGUUUGUAAUAUUAGGAGAUCAUUUUCUUGGAAUUCCACUUAAUAAUGAUCUUUUGAUGUAAUUCCAUUACACCCUGUGAGUGUGAGAUGGUCUGUAAAGAGUUUUCUUUUUAAAUUGUAGUUCUUGUGGAAAUAGAGGCUGAUGAUCUUUUCCUUCUACUAACCUCAAGAACAACAGAGUGGAGUCAUUUGAAUUUUCACUGCCAGCAGUUGAUGAUAGUUGCUGUUCCUGUAUCUUAUAUUCUCAGUAUAACCUAGGUGAAGACAGAAUGAUUCAGGUAUCAUGACUGGGUUGGAGUUUCAUUUAGUAAUCUUAUAAUUACUAUAAUAUUUUUCUACCUUUUUCUAUUAUAUAAUUGUGAUAUGGGACAUAAGUGUGAUAUGGCUAUGUCCCAGUAAGCUAGAAGAGUGUGAUCAACAGGACGUUUGUUCUAAUUCUCAAGACUUCCACUGGGAGAGUUUCCUUUCUCGCCUAUAUUGCCAUGUUUUGUUUGUUUGUUUUGUAGUGAGGAGUUGGUGAGUCUGUCCUUUUGUAACAUUCACGUUAUAGCUGUUUGGCUUAUUGCAGAUAAUUCAUAAGCUUUUUUUUUUUUUUAAGUCGUGUUCCCCUCAUCACAAAUAUUGAAGCAAAUUCUGCAUUUAGAAAUUUGUCAGGAUUACAAAGCCCCUUACUCAAAGACAAGUAAAUAUGCAGGUGACAUUUCAGAAAUUCAGUUGCCUAGCAAAAAGUUUUCCAAAUCAGUUUAAUAACCAAAUCAACUUGAGGCUUUGAAGCUUUAAAGUAACUUUUUUUGUUACGGUAGUAGGAUAAAGUAAGCAUUUUUUUUGCUAGAGAUGUAUUUGAUCAUUAGGAUGUUUGGGGGAUAGUGGUAUAUUAACAAAAAAUAAAUAAAAAGCAGCACAACUUCAAGAAUUAUGUUGCUAAUCUUCUUGUUCCUGGUUAACUGUUAAAUAUUACAGCACCAUCUGUUCCUUCUAAUUUAAUAAUCAGUGUGAACCUCACAGCUUUCUUUGUGGAAACUGAGCAAAGAUGUUAAUUUCUGCAAUUUUCCCUCCUUGUCUAUUAGAAUCCUUUAUGAUUGAUUGAGAGAGAGAGUAAUCAAGAGGAAGGAUAUGCUCGAAUGAAAAGAGAGCAGGAGUGGGGGGGUUGAUGGUGUCUGAGCCUUGAAGCUUCGUCAUCCUCUACUUUAUUGUGUUUUUUUGAUCUUUCAGCCAUUGUGCCGAAUGUUAUGUGAUACAAACCAAUUGCUGCCAAAGGAAAGUGCUUUCUGAUUUAAAUACCAUGCCUGUUUCAUUUCAAAGGGUUGACAAUUAAAAUACCUCUUAAACUCAAAGUACAAUUCUAGUUAUUAGAUGAGUUUUUAAAAUGCCAUAAAAAAACAGUUGUAGUGUUAGAAUCAAUUUUUAUGAAAACAAUCAACUGAACUUGUGCUUUUGUUUUCUCUCUAUUGCCUUGUACAAAGUGCAUUAACUUAUUUUUAAUGCUGAGUAAACACGAAACACUUUUUAAAAAACA